AUGGCCCGCUCCGCUUGGGCCAUCUGCUGCCUCCUGGGGAACCUCCUGUUCCAUGUGGGCAGCCCGAACCCUGGUCCUAGCCCCAGUGUGCCUCGUCUGCGGCUCUCCUACAGAGAUCUCCUGACUGCCAACCGCUCUGCCAUCUUUCUGGGUCCACGGGGCUCCCUAGACCUCCAAGUCAUGUACCUGGAUGAGUAUCGGGACCGCCUCUUUCUGGGAGGCCGAGAUGCCCUUUACUCUCUGAGACUGGAUCAGGCAUGGCCAGAUCCCCGGGAGGUCUUGUGGCCGCCGCAGCCCGGACAGAAGGUGGAAUGUGUCCGAAAGGGGAAAGACCCUUUGACAGAGUGUGCCAACUUCGUGCGGGUCUUACAACCCCACAACCGGACCCAUCUGCUGGCCUGCGGCACUGGCGCCUUCCAGCCCAUCUGCACCUUCAUCGCAGUGGGGCAUCGGGGGGAGCAUGUGCUCCACUUGGAUCCUAGCGGCAUCGAAAAUGGAAGGGGGCGUUGCCCACACGAGCCCAGCCGUCCCUUCGCCAGCACCUUUGUAGGUGGGGAGCUGUACACGGGCCUCACUGCUGAUUUCCUCGGACGUGAGGCCAUGAUUUUCCGGAGUGGGGGUCCCCGACCAGCCCUGCGUUCUGACUCUGACCAGAGCCUCCUACAUGAUCCCCGGUUUGUGAUGGCUGCUCGGAUCCCAGAUAACUCCGACCGGGAUGAUGACAAAGUGUACUUCUUCUUCUCUGAGACUGUCCCUUCGCCAGAUGGUGGCCCAGGUCAUGUCACCGUCAGCCGCGUGGGCCGCGUCUGUGUGAAUGACGCUGGUGGCCAGCGGGUGCUGGUGAAUAAGUGGAGCACGUUCCUCAAGGCCAGGCUGGUAUGCUCUGUGCCUGGCCCUGGCGGGGCUGAGACUCACUUUGACCAGCUGGAGGAUGUGUUCCUGCUGUGGCCAAAGGCAGGGAAGAACCUCGAGGUGUAUGCGCUGUUCAGCACUGUCAGUGCUGUGUUCCGGGGCUUUGCUGUCUGCGUGUACCACAUGGUAGACAUCUGGGAGGUCUUCAACGGGCCCUUCGCUCACCGAGAUGGCCCUCAACAUCAGUGGGGACCCUAUGGGGGCAAGGUGCCCUUCCCCCGGCCUGGUGUGUGUCCCAGCAAGAUGACGGCACAGCCCGGCCGACCCUUUGGCAGCACCAAGGACUACCCGGAUGAGGUGCUGCAGUUUGUCCGAGGCCACCCGCUCAUGUUCCAGCCUGUGAGGCCUCGGCGUGGCCGCCCCGUCCUGGUCAAAACUCACCUGGCUCAGCAACUGUGCCAGAUCGUGGUGGACAGAGUGGAGGCUGAGGAUGGGACCUACGAUGUCAUCUUCCUAGGGACUGAUUCAGGUUCUGUGCUCAAAAUCAUCGCUCUCCAGGGUAGUGGCUUACCUGAACUGGAAGAGGUGGUUCUGGAGGAGCUCCAGGUGUUUAAGGUACCAACACCCAUCACUGAGAUGGAGAUCUCUGUCAAAAGGCAAACGCUGUAUGUGGGCUCUCCACUGGGCGUGGCCCGGCUGCAGCUGCACCGGUGUGAGACUUAUGGCAGUGCCUGCGCUGAGUGCUGCCUGGCCCGGGACCCAUACUGUGCUUGGGACGGCACUUCCUGUGCCCGCUACCGCCCGGGCUCGGGCAAGCGCAGGUUCCGACGACAGGACAUCCGACAUGGCAACCCUGCUGUGCAGUGUCUGGGCCAGGGCCAGAGCCAAGACAAAGCCUCGGGACUGGUGACCAGAGUCUUUGGCACAGAGCAUAACAGUACCUUCCUUGAGUGCCGGCCCAAGUCUCCCCAGGCUGCAGUGCGCUGGUUCUUACAAAGGCCAGGGGAUAAGGGGGCUGACCAGGUGAAGACAGAUGAGCGAGUUGUGCAGACGGACCAGGGGCUUCUGUUCCGAAGGCUCAGCCGCCUUGAUGCAGGGAACUACACCUGUACCACUCUGGAGCACGGCUUCUCCCAGACCGUGGUUCGUUUUGCCCUGGAGGUGAUUGCGGCUGUGCAGCUGGACAGCUUGUUCCUUCGGGAGCCAAGGCUGGAGGAGCCCUCAGCCUGGCGAAGUGUGGCCUCUGCCUCACCCAAGACUUGGUAUAAGGACAUCCUUCAGCUCACUGGUUUCGCCAACCUGCCCCGCGUGGAUGAGUACUGCGAACGUGUGUGGUGCAGGGGUGUCGGGGAGCGCUCGGGCUCCUUCCGCGGAAAGGGAAAGCAGGCGAAGGGCAAGAGCUGGGCGGGGCUAGAGCUGGGCAGGAAGAUGAAGAGCCGGGUGCAGGCUGAGCACAAUCGGACGCCCCGGGAGGUAGAAGCCACAUAGAAGACGGCUGAGGAGGGGGUGGUCGGACUGGGCUGGGAGACUCAACAACCUCUCUCUCCCACCCGGCUAGGAAAGGAGUCCAGGACGCCUGAUUACCUCUUAGAGAAAAUCUCUACCACCUACAGGAAAGACCAGGGGCUGGUGGGAGGGGCCUUGCAUCUCAGUCUACUCCCGGCCCUUCUCUGUGUUCUCAGUCCCAGGCUGGAACUGGCACCUCCAGACCACUUGUAGUCCCAAGGGGCACGCUAUUUGUUCUCAGAGAUGGUGUGGCUUCCGGAGCACAUUUCCGGUUGUGCCCAGAGGCAAGUUGGGUGGGUUUUUCCCAGCUUGCCAAACAAUGGCCAUUCUGAGUGACCCUCUGAGUGGGUGUACGGGUGGCUCUGAGGGGGUAUAUUGGGAGUCCGUCAGAGGAGGGGAAAGUAGAUUCCUAAGGUAGUACCCGUUAAGAAACUCUUGCCCCAACAGAGGUGUGAGAGAAGGUGGGAGGCGCUGCGGAGGUGGGGUCGCGCUGGUUACCUGCCUUCAUGCUUUGAUUCCUUGUGUCCGCCCACUACCGGCUCAUACUCAUAGAGGCAAGACUUGCUGGAACCUGGAGGUUGCCUGGGCCUGGGCCUCGCCCCCUUUUUAAACCGGAAAGAUUGUCUCACAGUACGA